GUUCAGUCCUACUUGACGAUGGGGAGUCCCGGCGACAACGACAGCGUCCUCCUCCUUAAUAGCUCGGACCCCUUUGCGCGCGACGAGGAGGUGGCCCAGAUGGAGAUCCUGGUGCUGAGCGUCACUUUCGUGGUGGCCGUGGUGGGCAACGUGAGCGUCCUGCUGGCCAUGCACAACACCAAGAGGAAAAUGUCACGAAUGCACCUUUUUAUACGGCACCUGAGCCUGGCCGACCUGGUGGUGGCCUUUUUCCAGGUUCUACCCCAGCUCUGUUGGGACAUCACGUACCGCUUCUACGGACCGGACAUCUUGUGCAGGAUCGUCAAGCAUCUUCAGGUGACCGGCAUGUUCGCGUCCACCUACAUGAUGGUGAUGAUGACCGUGGACCGCUACAUUGCGAUUUGCCACCCGCUGAAGACUCUGCAGCAACCCACCCGGCGCUCGUGCGUUAUGAUCGUGUCGACGUGGACGUGUAGUCUGGUCCUGAGCGUGCCGCAGAUGUUCAUCUUCUCCCUGAGCGAGAUCCAGAACGGCACCGGCGUCAUGGAUUGCUGGGCGCACUUCAUCGAGCCGUGGGGAGCGCGCGCAUACAUCACCUGGAUCACGCUGGGGAUCUUCUUGGUACCCGUGCUCAUCCUGGUGGUGUGCUACGGCUUUAUCUGCCACAGCAUAUGGAAGAACAUCAAAUACAAGAAAAGGAAGAGCGCGGGGAACAAGGACGGGCUGAUCGGCAAGAACUCGGUCAGCAGCAUCACCACCAUCUCCAGGGCCAAACUGAGGACCGUCAAGAUGACGUUCGUCAUUGUGCUUGCAUACAUCGUGUGCUGGGCGCCUUUCUUCACCGUGCAGAUGUGGUCCGUGUGGGAUGACAAGCUCCAGUUCACCGAUUCUGAGAACACAGCAGUAACGCUAACGGCGCUACUGGCUAGCCUGAAUAGCUGCUGCAACCCGUGGAUCUACAUGAUCUUCAGCGGCCACCUCCUGCAGGACUUCUUGCACUGCUUACCCUGCUGCCAGCGAAUGAAGGCCGACUUCCGCAAGGAGGACUCGGACAGCAGCCUGCGCCGGACCACGCUGCUCACCAAGGCCACCAAUCGGAGUCCCACGGGCAGCUCGGGCAACUGGAAGGAGCUGGACAAUUACCCCAAAACCGCACCGCAGGCCGAAUGA